AAGUGAUCCUCCUUCCUUGUUCUCUGAAAGUGUUGGGAUUACAGGUGUGAGCCGCCAUGUCUGGCUAAAUUUAGCUUUUAAUGCUCUCAUAUUAACUUGUUGAAAACAUUUUGAUAUAUGAAAUUUUUAAAAAACAUUUUUUGACUAGACACUGUUUAAUAUUAAUUCUAAGAAAGUUAAUUAUAACAAGUCAAAUAAGUGAAGAAUACACAUUUGAAAAAAAUUAAUAUUUGUUGAGCAGUUUUAGGUUUAUAGAAAAAUGGAGCAAAAAGUACAAAGAAUUCCCAUAUACCCAGUCUCCCAAGGAUACCCAUUUUUAUCUAGGAUAUUUCACUAUACAUAUUAUACACAGAAAAAUGACUCUACAUCUGUUAACCAAAUAUGUAUUAUUUUGUAAUAGGAAAACCAUGCAUGUUACUUUAAUUCAGGGUUUCCUACCCUCAUCACUACUAACAUUUUAGGCUAGAUAAUUCCUUGUUGUAGGAGCCAUCAUGUGCAUUGUAGGAUGUUUAGCAGCAUCCCUGACCUGCACCCACUAGACGUCAGUAACUCUCCCUAGUCAUGACAUGAAAAAUGCCUCCACACAUUGCCAAAUGUCCCUUGAGAAACAAAGUCACCCUUGGUUGAAAACCAUUGCUUUAACAAUAUAGGUGUUUUAGAAUUUUCUGUAUUUUUCAGCUUUGGUCUAAAUUUAAGGGCUCUAUAGUUCAGUGAAUCUUCACACUGAGGAUCAUAUAGGCAAAAUUUGGAUCCUUCUGUCCACUUGGGCACUGUGGGCAGUAUAUGUAUAAUUUUACUGGGCCUCAGUUUCCUUCACUGCAAAAUAGGUAAAAUGUUACCUAACUUGAAAAAUUGUUGUGAAAAUUCACCAAAUUAUAUAAAAUACUUUGAUUAAUUAAUUAGUAAAUUAACAGAUUAGUUAUUUUCCUUCUCUUCAAAUGUAGUAUAUUGUUUUAGUCCCUGCAGUGUGUCAAAAACCUAUCACAGUGUUAUUAUUUAUAUGGGAAAGGCUGUCAUAAUUUGGGAUCUACUGUUUAUGGAUAUAAAGAAUGCUAUACUAUGAAGAACGCUAUACUCUGGGUAGAUAAAAACUUUUUAAAAUGAAGGCUGAUUUAUGAGGUCAGUUAUGUUUUGAUCCUUUGUGGUACCCUAAUUAGAUUGUAACUACAUUCAGAUUGUUAACUACAUUCAGAUUGUAACAGUUAAGUGAUCUCAUUGUGUUCUUUGAAAGACUUUGAGCUUCCCAGAUUGAAGAUAGCAUUAAAUGUCAGCCAAUCACUUUGUCCUUUGAAGUUUUUGUCUUUCACAUCUGAAAUCCCGCCAAUUGUAACAGCUUGUGUGUCAGCUCCAAUAGAGAAAGUUGGAUACGGUCAAGUUGAAGUUAGUCCACUAAAGACUUCUAAAAACUUGACAUAGUUUAUGAUUAAUAAUGUCGACUUCCCAUUAUUUUUAGAAUUAUAAAACAUUGUCCCUGAUGAAAGAAAUGCUAUCUAUAAUAAUUCAGACUAUUCUUAUUGUUCUCCUGCAGAAAAUUUCUAAAGAUUUGGUGAAGAUAGGAAAACUGUCAAAAAGCCUGUAGCAUUAUUAUACUGAAGUGUUUUCCUUUGAUUUAUAUACAUGGAUUUAGAAAUGUGUAUAUCAUGCAUAUCUGUGUCUUUUCUGUUCUGGAGAUGAAUAACCACAGAUAAUAUCAGUUAGAGAUGAAGAAUGAUGCUGAGAUGGCUGUUAAGCUAUUACAACAGCUUUAAAAAAGUUAAAUAUCAUUGAUGUAAAUAUUAGAGAAGAGAAUAUUUAUCUCCACUAAGUGACAUGAAAAACUGUGGUAAGAAUAACAGGCAGUGGGUGUAUCUUAAGUAGUAAAAUCCCUGAAUUCAGAUGCUAAUUAUAAGCACAAGGACACUUGCCUCCCACAUACUUAAAUGUUGUAUAUUUUCUUUAGUCAAAGUGUAAUUGAGAGUUCUUGAAGUGCUGAAUAUGGCCUUUGUUUUUUUUAUUUCCCCUUAGCAUAUAUAUUAAAAAAAAAACAAUAAGACACUUCUGCUGGACUGUGAUUUUGAUGGAUAUAGGUGGAAUAUGAAACCAUAUGCUAUAAAGAUAAAUUCAAAUGAUUGCUCUUGGAUUGUCUUUAUUGUGUGACUUUCCUGCUUCCUACUAUUGAAAACCAAAUGUUUAGUAGUAAAGGUAAAAUUAUUUAAACAUAUUUGAGCACAUUUUACUUGCUAUCUGUGGUUUACCAAGGACUUUAAGGCUUAGAUUUUGAAAGGUUGUAUUAAUACUGGUAUUAAGAGUAUAUCUGUUUAGAUUAUUCUGGACUUUAAAUUUUAUUUACGACAUCAUCUCUGGCAUCUUGUCAUAAAAGUUAUGUGUUGUUUUACUUCAUUAGCAGUUUUAACAUUUGUAAGUAUCUGAGAAGAAAACUUCCUCUGCAUUUUGAACAGUGCCUUUCAUUGGUGGUUUUCUAACAGGUUACUCAGCUGUUGAAAGGUGUGUUGUACAGAUACUCUGUUCUUAGAAAGUAAUAGUCUUUUAAGUUGUAGAGUAGUAGGAAAAGUCUGAUAGACUUAAAUUAUUUUAAAAACUUUGUUUUUAGAAAUAGAGGUAUAAGAAAACCUUUUGUAAUCUUGCCCUUUUUUUUUGUUCUUAGGUAUGCUUUUUAUUUAGCUUUUAGUAACUUGUAAUUUAAGAUCACAGUUAUUAGGUGUAUUUCUGCAUUUUAUAUAUCACUCCCAGAUGCUAUAGUAUUAGUUUUUAUCACUGCAUAUUUUAUGAAAUGUCAGCCUUCUGUUGGCUGUUCAGGCAGCAUUGUUAGUGAUCAAAGACACAACAUAAAGGAAAGGAAUCUAAACAGUUGGCUUAUCUUUGUCCUUCAUUGUGACAAAAGUACUCUAAAAUUACUUAAUUAUAAAAUGUCAAAUAAAGGCAUCAUGUAACAUGUAAAGAAAUAAGUAUCUUAGUAUUUAAGUGAAAUAAAAACUCAGUGUUUAAUAUCAAAAACAUAGUUAUAAAGAGAAAUACUAUCUAAUUUACAAAGUUUUCCUUGUUAAGGAAUGAGGUUAAUAUGUCGUGUGUAAUUUUGUAGUACUUUGCUAAAACAUAAUGCUUUGCCUAGAAAAAGCCACAUAGUUUUUGACAUCGUAAGAGGUUACUCAGUAUAAACCCUUAAUUUUGUUAUACAAAAUAUGUUCUAGAAAAUUGAUUAUUAGCUUUAGUGUGUGCAUUAAGUUGUAUGUGAACCAGUUUAUUAAAGUGUUUUCUUAAAGUGAUCUACUUUGCAUUUAAAAACUACUUCAUAGUAGGAACCAUUCUUUAAAAAAUGAAAAAAAAAAGUAAAACAAAAACUACUUCAUAGAUUUAAAGAUCCUUUUUUUCCUUUAUUUCAGUAUCAAAAUAAAAGUAUGGAAUGGGAGAAAAAUUCUCAAAGCCUGAAAGAAAAUCUGUAAGAAUAAAAUUCUUGAAUGAUUUUGAUCAGCUGUUGUGUAUGCCCAACACAGCAGUUGGUUCAAUCAAUUUUAUGUUUUGGGAUGGUUUUAUUAAAAUGAGCUGCUGCUUUCAGUAAAUCAUUGAGAAAGAUGCUGGCUUUAUACAUGUCUUUUUUGGUUGGGGGCAGGGCAUACAAUUGCAGCCUUGUAAGUCAGUAAAAUUGGAGACAGUUCCUGGCUGCCAUGAAAGUCAGUGUGUUGUAUGGGCAUUUGGAAAUAGAAGUAGAAUGAAGAUUUAGACUAAAAAUGAUUUUAUAUAAAUGUACUUUUAUAGCUUUCUGCAGGAAACUGCCAUUUCUAGUAAAAAGUGAUCAUCGGCAGAUAAUAGGGAUUUAAGUGUAUCUUCAGUUUUGUGUACAGUUUCUGUUUUUAUAAAUGAAUGAAAGUUAAUUGUUUACCAGUGUAAGAAUUAAAUCUUUGGAAAGCAAUUUGAAAGACAUAGCCAUUGCAUAUGAGUUAGAGGCCUCAACAUUUUGUCUUAAUAUGCUUUAUGCACUUACUACCCAAACUAUGGUCUGUGUUGGUGUUACUUGAGAGCUUCCUAGAUAUGCAGAAUCUUAGGCCUAAUCCCAUACCUGCUAAAUUAGAAUCUGUGUUUCAUCAAAAUUCCUAGGUAAUUCAUAUGAGUAUUAAACUUUGAGAAGCACUGCCAUAAUUUAGACCUCUCAUUUUCUCUGUGUGUAUGUGUGUUUUAGUUGUGGGGUGCUUAUAUUGGAGUUGGUCACCUGCAGUUCAAGAAUUGGAAGAGGAAGUGGAAACUCACACCAGAAUUUUAGUGGGCACCCGAGAGUAGACAGAGUUAAUUUAGAGCUCACAGGCUUUUGGUCUUUAAGCAAUUGCAGUUUGAAUCAGUAGCUACUUUGUAUAUUACAUAGAAGGCUUCAUGUUACCCUGGUAAUAUUAAUCAGUUGUUUGAGCAUGGCAGUAUCCUCUCUUGUUCUCAGAUACUUACGAUGUUUUGUGCCAGUCAUAAUGUAGUAACAUUUCCAAAGUGUGUUCUACGGUAUAUUUUUUUCUAGGAGAUGCUUGGAGUGUAAAGAUCCUAUGGUCACAUAAAUCUGGAAAGCACUGAAUACUUUCUUUCCCAUAAAAGAAUUAAAAGACCCGAGAACCUGGUGUAAUUUAGUUCAAUUUAGUGUUUUCCCAAUUUACUUGACUAUAGCAUCCUCUGUUUUGUUUUGUUUUUUUAAAACAAUCUUUAAAUUCUUUUUUUAACGUGUGCACAAACUGACUUCUUUCCACAUUUAUCUAUCUUAGUCAAAAUAAGAGAUAUGGACAACUUCUGAAAUUGUCAUGAUGUUAUGGCACAUAAAACAUACUUUCUGGUAUUUUACCUAUAAAUGGUACUGGUGUAGCUCUUGUGUACUGAAGGGGCUAAACAUGCAGGCAUUUUUGAGAAUUGGAGUAACUGAGAAGUCAUAAUGUAGAAUAGGAAUCCCCAAUUCCCUGGUCAUGGACUGGUAUUGAUCCAUGGCCUGUUAGGAACCAGGCUGCACAGCAGGAGGUGAAUGGUGAGCAGGUGAGCAUUACCACCUGAGCUUUGCCUCCUGUCAGAUCAGCAAGAGCAUUAGAUUCUUGUAAGUGCGCAAACCCUAUUGUGAACUGUGCAUGCAAGGGAUCCAGGUUGCUCAUUCCUUAUGAGAAUAUAAUGCCUGAUGAUCUGAGGUGGAACAGUUUAGCCUUGAAACCAUCUCCCCCCAGCUCCCUCCUGAUUCGUGGAGAAAUUGUCUUUCAUAAAACCAAAAAGGCUGGUGACUGCUGAAUUAGAAAGUGAGCAUUGAACUGAUGCCAGUCAGAUUUGAUGGAUGAAUGAAAGGGAGAAAACUGACUAUUCCUAGUAUUUGCUGGAAAGAGAAAAACCAUGAACAAUGGAAUAAAUUAAACAUUUCAGUUGAAUAAAUGUUUACGGAAUUGCUAAUAAAGAAUAGGCUCUGUACUUGGCCUUGGGCAAACAGUAGUGUAAAAUAUACAGUCUGCCCUCUAGUUGCUUAUUGGAAUGAGCAUAGUACAUUCUGAUAAAUGUACAAGAGCUGGAAUGCAGAACAUAGGAUUUUCCUUGUGGAUUUAUUAAAAGAAAAAAAAAAGUUGGCCAGAAUACUAUAUCCUGGAGUGCUAGAGACAGGACAUAACUGUAGUUGUAGAUGUCUCUGGUUAAGAGAAACAGGAAGGGACAAUUAUGGGGCAGAAUUUCAAAAGGUAAGAUUGGGAAGACCAAACAGCCUUGGAAGACUUAGAGCUUUUCGUACUCAAUUGCCCAGAUUUGGUUACUUGAAGUGCAUGACAGUCCUCCAUCACAUAUUUGAGACUCCCUUAAUUUCUGCCAAAAGAAGUUCUUGCAGGGUUAUCUUUUAUCUGUUCUACCCCAGCUCUGGAAACAGCCAUUUCUCUGAGGAACUCUGAUUAUUUUUAGGGGGGAAUAAUAUUAAUGAUCAGGAUCUUGGCACUAGUGUGCUGAUUGCUCCUGGGUCUUGGCUUUUAGGCCCUUUUAGAGGACAGAGGUAGGAAAUAUAUAAGCUUUAUGUAUACACAUACAUCUACAUUUAUACAUAUAUACACAAAUGCAUCUUGCAACACAUACAUGAACAUAUACAUCAGCAAAUUUUUUUUUAUUUAGAGAUACACCAGUAUUUCUAAGCCAUUUGCAGAGGUUUCUUUCCUGUUUGCUUUCAUAUUUAUAUGUUCCUUCUUUCACAGUGAGAACCUUGGCUUCAAACGGCAUCAACACAUUCACUUUUUUGUUCAUCUAAAUAAUAGGUCUAAAACAGUUUCAAGAUUGUUUAAUCAUAUCAUUAUAAGAACAAAUAUACCAAGAAAAGCUCGAAAUUUGUUUGAAGUUAUCCCUCCUUUCUGUACUCAAUUCUUUAGGUAUGUAACCAAAUACUGUUCUCAUAAUUACUUAGCUCAUUCUCUCUUAUUCCCUAAAUGUGGCUACGAUAUUAAUUUGAAAUACAGUUCACUUGUUUUAGUUUUCUUUCAGCUUUUGUGCUCCCUUUUCAUUACAUCCCUGUUGAUUUAAUUUUUUGACUAGGUAGAAGAUUAUUUUCCAAAAAGUAAAACUGAACAAGAAAGUAUACUCAGAAAAUUGUCACUCCCUCCUCCGCAUUCCACCCCAUACUUUGUAGGAAACCAAUUUUAUUGUUUUCUGGGCUUUACUCAUUUUUAUAAAGAUAUGCAGAGAUAUGUAUGUUUUCUUAUUUUCCUUUUUUUUCUAAAAUGUAGCAUAUAUGUUCUUUUGCAAUUCGCUUUUUUCAGGUAUCAGUAUCUCUAGGAAAUUGCCUCAUAACAGUUCAUAGAGAUUUUCCUCGUUCGUUUUUACAGGUGCUUACUACUUUCUGUGUACCAUAGUUUGUUCAACCAAUCUCUUAUGUUUGCACAUUUAAGUAGUUUCCAAUAUUUUACAACUACAAAUCUGCUGCAAUGGGAGAUGCUGUUUUUCCAGCAGCUAAGUAGAGGAAGAACUUAGCUCGUCUCUGUUUCUUGAUUCCUCUUCAAUUUCUGUUUGCUAACCAAGACUUGUGUUUGGAGAACUCUAUUGUACUGAGCCUAAGUCAUCUUCGAUCUAUAACAAGAACAUGCAUUUUCACAUGUCAACCAGAUUUGUGGACCAGUAAAGUUCUCCCAAAAGGUAGUUACUUUUGGUGACAUUGUCCAGUUCCCACAAUGUAUCAUUCCUUAUCUGAAACUAGACAUCCUCUGCAGCCAGAAGAGCAAGAAGUAGGCAUUGACCCCUUGUCCAGUUACUCUAACAAGUCUGGAGCAAACUACCUGUUGGACAUUAGAGAAGAAGUGGUCAUUGCUGUGGCUAACAGAGCCUUUUCUUUAUCUGGAGAUUCAAAUAAAAAUGGAAGAAGAACAAGUUCUUUAGACUCUGAAGGGACUUUUAAUUCCUAUAGGAAAGAAUGGGAAGAACUAUUUGUAAACAACAAUUACUUGGCAACAAUAAGGCAGAAGGGGAUUAAUGGGCAGCUGAGAAGCAGCAGGUUCCGCAGCAUUUGCUGGAAGCUAUUUCUUUGUGUUCUUCCUCAAGACAAAAAUCAAUGGAUAAAUAGAAUUGAAGAAUUAAGAGCAUGGUAUAGCAACAUUAAAGAAAUACAUAUUACAAACCCAAGGAAGGUUGUUGGCCAACAAGAUUUGAUGAUCAAUAAUCCUCUUUCACAGGAUGAAGGGAGUCUUUGGAACAAAUUCUUCCAAGAUAAAGAACUUCGAUCAAUGAUUGAACAAGAUGUCAAAAGAACGUUUCCUGAAAUGCAGUUUUUCCAACAAGAAAAUGUGAGAAAAAUUCUUACAGAUGUUCUUUUCUGUUAUGCUAGAGAAAACGAGCAGUUGCUUUAUAAACAGGGCAUGCAUGAGCUGUUAGCACCUAUAGUCUUUGUCCUCCAUUGUGACCACCAAGCUUUUCUACAUGCCAGUGAGUCUGCACAGCCCAGUGAGGAAAUGAAAAUUCUCUUGAACCCUGAGUAUCUGGAACAUGAUGCCUAUGCAAUGUUCUCACAACUUAUGGAAACUGCUGAACCUUGGUUUUCAACUUUUGAGCAUGAUGGUCAAAAGGGGAGAGAAACACUGAUGACUCCUAUUCCCUUUGCUAGACCACAAGAUUUAGGGCCAACAAUUGCUAUUGUUACUAAAGUCAACCAGAUCCAGGAUCAUCUAUUGAAGAAGCAUGAUAUUGAGCUUUACAUGCACUUAAACAGACUAGAAAUUGCACCACAGAUAUAUGGAUUAAGGUGGGUGCGCCUGCUGUUUGGACGAGAGUUCCCCCUACAGGACCUUCUGGUGGUCUGGGAUGCCUUGUUUGCAGACGGCCUCAGCCUGGGUUUGGUAGAUUAUAUCUUCGUAGCCAUGUUACUCUACAUCCGAGAUGCUUUGAUCUCUAGUAACUACCAGACCUGUCUCGGCCUUCUGAUGCAUUACCCACUCAUCGGGGAUGUACACUCACUGAUUCUUAAGGCUCUGUUCCUUAGAGACCCAAAGAGAAAUCCAAGACCAGUGACUUAUCAGUUCCAUCCAAAUUUAGAUUACUACAAAGCACGAGGAGCCGACCUCAUGAAUAAAAGCCGGACCAAUGCCAAAGGUGCUCCCCUGAAUAUAAAUAAGGUCUCUAAUAGCCUGAUUAAUUUUGGAAGAAAGUUGAUUUCCCCAGCAAUGGCUCCAGGCAGUGCAGGUGGCCCUGUACCUGGAGGCAACAGCAGUAGCUCCUCCUCUGCUGUGAUUCCUACCAGGACCUCAGCAGAGGCCCCAAAGCAUGCCUUGCAACAGCAACAGCAGCAGCAGAGGCUGAUGAAAUCAGAAAGCAUGCCUGUGCAAUUGAACAAAGGCGAUGUAGUUACAGGAAGCGAUGCUCAGGUUUCUGUUCCUGUCCAGACUCUAACUGACCUCCAAGGGCAAAGUUCUAAAAACAUCAGUUCAUCUCCAAGUGUUGAGAGUUUGCCUGGAGGAAGAGAAUUCACUGGCUCUCCACCUUCAUCUGCUACUAAAAAAGAUUCCUUUUUUAGCAACAUCUCUCGUUCCCGCUCACACAGCAAAACUAUGGGCAGAAAAGAAUCUGAAGAAGAAUUAGAAGCCCAAAUUUCCUUCCUUCAAGGACAGUUGAAUGACCUGGAUGCCAUGUGCAAAUACUGUGCAAAGGUGAUGGACACUCAUCUUGUAAAUAUUCAAGAUGUGAUAUUACAAGAAAAUUUGGAAAAAGAAGAUCAAAUUCUGGUUUCCCUGGCAGGAUUAAAACAGAUCAAAGACAUUCUAAAAGGUUCCCUGCGUUUUAACCAGAGCCAGCUAGAGGCCGAAGAGAACGAACAGAUCACCAUUGCGGACAACCACUACUGCUCCAGCGGCCAGGGCCAAGGUCGAGGCCCAGUCCCGAGUGAUGAAAUGUCUGGGGCUACUAAGCAGGCCUCUUCAGAAAUGCCAGGGUGCACCGAUAGAGGGAGUUCAGAUGACUUCAUCCUGAUUUCCAAAGAUGAUGAUGGAAGCGGUGCCAGGGGCUCCUUCUCUGGGCAGGCCCAGCCUCUUCGCACUCUCAGAAGCACCUCUGGGAAAAGCCAGACCCCAGCCUACUCCCCACUGGUGUUCUCAGACCCACUGAUGGGCUCAGUCUCAGCUUCCUCCAGCAACCCCAGCUCCAGCCCUGAUGACGACAGCAGCAAGGACUCUGGCUUCACCAUCGUGAGUCCCCUGGACAUCUGACCACAGGGCCCAAUCCUAUCCCACAGGGAUGCAGCCACCCUUCAGUCCCUGGUCCCAAGCCCAGAUUGAGGCUCACCCAGUGGAGACCCCUCUGAAAGCACUGCUUCCUUCCCAGCAUGCAGUUGGCAUUGGUCCAGCCCUUUGAAACCCCUGAGAGAGAAGCAUAUAUGGCCACAAAGCACACAGGCUUAAGUUUGCCAAAUACAGACAGGGCUUUCUGGGCCCUUACCUAACCCCCACCCCACUCAUGCUCUGAGUUAAGAGCUGAGUUAUGUACUCAGUAUCACACUGACAGUUAGGAAAGACCAAAUCACAAUUACGAUCACUUUUCCUCUGUCCCCUUCUCCCCAACUAAGGGUGUGACAACUCCAUCAGUUAUACUUAGGAGGAGGAGAAUAGUUAUUUUCUUAUCUUUAUCCCUCAAAGCAUCAGACAUAGGAAAAUUGGUUUAUACCAAGAAAGCUUCCUCUGUGGAAAUCUAUCUCAGCCCACUUUAUUCCUACAUUGGGAAGCCAUAUCACAGAGCUAAAUGCAAUAGAAUGAACUAGAACUAGUGGAUUUUAGGGCUGAGGAAAAAAAUUUAAAAAAAUUACUGACCUCUCAGAGUUAUAAUGAUCUCUGGAAACAGGGUCAAAACUUAGGAACCAUAUUUAGGUAUGAUGUAGUGUUAGUUUUUUUGAUGUAUUAAAGAAUGCAUCUGCAAUCCUUAGGCCAUAUCAACUUUGGCCAUCACUGUCUCUCCUUAAACAAUUUUGCUUCACCUUUUAGAAUCUUCCAUAGCCAGAAAACAAGGUUAUUAUAAGCUAGUUUUUGCUGCACUGAUUUCAAAAGAUGUAAGAAUAUUACUGUCCUUCAAAUGGAAAAUGUAACCUUGACUUUAUGGGAUAAACAUCUUUCAGGCAGUUUUCUAGUUAAGUUUCUCUGGUUUCAAAGCCGUAUAUACCCGUCAACUGAAGCAGAAAGGGAAAAACCCAAGUUUAUUCCCACCCAAAGUCAGAAUGCCUCAUUGGCCUUAAAGGAGCAGUCAUAAGACUUAGAGAAUUGGACCUAGAGUCCCUUCUGUGGGGAAUAAGGAUACCUAGAAAACAUUCCAGAUGCCAAGAGGAUGCAGGAUUUCUACACAACCCCUUCCUUUCUUGGCAGUCAAGUGUAGGAACUGCAGGGCCUGUGCUCAGCUAUGAACCCUGCAUCCUGGGUGCCACUGCCAGGACCGGGUCUGACAUGCCAGUGCCUUCCUGGGCUCAGCACAGAUUAGAGACUCUCCCCCUUGUUGGCUGGCACCAUAAAAAACCAUGAUGGGCACAGGGCAUCACAUGAACUGUUUUUCUACUUAAAGAUGAUCCCUGGAAAGGAUACUUUUCCUCUCCUUUGCCUGCACAGGAAUUCUAACAGGAAUGGGUGAGGAUGGCAGAGGGACACAGGGCCUGUCUUACCUCCAUCAGGGAGAGCAAACAUGCCACGGCUGACUGGCUCUUUGCGCCUGUCCUCAGAGGAUGGUGAGGCAGCUUGGCAGUGGAGGCCUUCAUGGUAACAAAGGAAAGCUCAUUAUAAAGGAACAGACAUUGUUUACAUCCCUCCCACUGCUAACCUUAUAUUUCUCCAUAGACAAAUAUGAUAAUGACAUGAUUUUCCACCUGCCCUCCAAGAAAAUGGUGACUCGCUCCCAAGUCAAUUACUGUGGAGAGCGUUCUAAUUAGCUCUGCAAUUUGUUCUUAAACUCUAGCAGGGAAAUCUCCUCUUAACCACAUCAACAUGUAUGGUGAAUAAUAACACUGGUUUUGCCAGAUAACAGGUAGUGUGCCUUCCACCAUUGAGCAAUUGCCUGGCAUAUGCACACUGUAGCUCCCUGGCUUUUGGCUCUGAGCGUUCCUCUCAGCACCUCUGAGUAAGCUGCUGCCAAGCACAUGUCCCCAUGACAACACUUUGUAAGCAGUGGGUGCCCCCAUACAGUGAGUGACCUUGCAACUGUGCAGGGUUACCACUGGUCACUUUCUCACCUUGGGAAGGUGUCAGAGUUUUCACUACUAAAGUGAGAGGUGUAGAGCUGUUCCCACCAGGCCUCUGGGACAGAUUGGAAAGGACCACAGAGCUGGCCAUCCCUGGGGAGCUGGGCCACUGUCAUCUGCUGACCUUUAGUAUUUCCUUUGCCCUAGAGCUAGAGUCAUGAUAGCUGAGGGUCACUGGCCCUGCAAGAGCCACUAGGCACCCACCAUGUCAAUAAGGCUCUCUGCUGGCUCAUUGCAGUCGGCUGGGUGUUCAUAGUCACUGAAAACUCCCAGCCCUGCUUCGCACUAGAGGCAGGUGCUCUCGGUUCUCUCCAUCCUGUGCUGUGUUGGUGGCAUGUGAGGUCCAAUGGCUUCACUCAGAGAUAUUGCUUCUGUGGCCCCUACAAGCUCACCCCCUCCUUGGAGGAGGGAGAUAUACAAGGACAGUGGGUCAUGGACAGUACCAGCCUCAAAUUCCCACAGGCUCAUAACUCAGAUAAUUGUAUUACUGUCUUAUGGUUUUUAAGCAAUUUUUUUUUAAUUCUUCAUAGUUAUUAGUUACAGUGCUAUUAAAGAAUAUGUGUUCCUUUUUAUUAUUUUAUCAGGUGCUUAGUUUAAUUGCACAUUUUUUAAAUCCUGAAUAUAUUUUGUUAACAAAUGUGGUAAUCAGUGGAACCCCUCUUAUGUUUUGAUUAUUAGCAGUUAAAUACAUUUUGUAUACAUGAAGCUUAGAUUAAUUCCCAUCAUCAUCUCUUUUUUUAUAUAUGUCUGUCUGUGUUUCAUGCAUUCCUCUUUGAUCAGAUUGGAAUUUGAGUUAAAAUUUAGCUCUGUAUAUUACAUGUGAGAGUUACAGACUAGCAAAUCAUAAUGACUUUGCCUUACCUCAAGCAUAUGCCAUGGGGUCGGAUAACAUGGUAAACAUUUAGUUACACUGGAUUCCUCUUCCAGAGCUGACCUCCUGCUAAUGUUCAGUGGUAACUGCAAUCUGGAAAUAAAUAAUAUCACUGCAGAAUGAAUGUGACUCCAAAAAUAAACCAGGACCUCCCUGUGAUUUGCCUUGUCUGCAGAUGACGGAUUGACUCUUGUGCUGUCAGCCCUGGGGUUGCUAAGGAAGCUGCCUCAGGAGGGUUAGUUGCCUGCUCUACUCUGUCAGAGAUGCUAAACAAAUAUCAAACGCUGUGGCAGUCAUGCUGGCCUCCUAAUAAUAACCUGUCAGAGUUGAUGCACAUUAUUUUUGUUUUUAUUUUUUUAAGAAACUGCCCCAAGGAUUCAUUAUAGAACAGGAGUGUGUAUCGAGGACUUAGCUCCCCACAUAGAAGUGGCCAUUCUGUGGCAGCCACAACCAAUUCCAUCCCUCCUUUCCUGAGGACACACACCUGGCCCCUGGGCCCUUCCCCAUGUGUCAAGGAGGGGGUGUGGGGGAGGCUGUGAAGUGGAGUGAGGAGGCCAGAUGCAUUGAGGAUGCAUGUGGCAAGCUAGGCUUCCUUCUCAAAGGCCAGACUGUUUUCUCAGUGUUACUUUCUAAAGCUCUCUUUUUAUAGUAUUAAAAAGAUAUAUAAGGUUCAUAUAAACAGGAUUGAGACCACUUUGAUGUAAAAGCUGUCAUAGUAGUUUUUCUCACAGUGGCACAAUUCAUUUGAUUGAUGGAAUACUCAGUAAUGCCAUUUAUGUCCUAUCACUUUUUUCUCAUCCAUCUUUAUGCUAUAACUCAUAUUGAUUUAAGAAUGAUUUCUCUUUUUGGCAAAGUGAUCCCAUUCAAUAUGGUUAUAAUAAAAGACUAAUGU